AUGACAAGGAAAAUCCUGCAUGACACAGCCUUGGUCAAGGCCCUGCUGCUGUUGAUGUUGGGGCUUGCCUUUCUGAGGGAAGUGGCAGCUCGCAAAAACCCCAGAGUGGGGCAUAACGCUUUCCAAAGGCCUGAGAGUUGCCCCCCUCUGGAGGACAACAGUGUGAAGCUUGACCUCCGCAUCAUCAAUGAGAAUCUGGGUGUCCCGCUUACACAGAACUUCCAGAAUCGCUCCAGCUCCCCCUGGGAUUACACCAUCACCUGGGACCCCAACCGGUUUCCCUCAGAAAUUGUCCAGGCCCAGUGUAGGCACCUGGGCUGCGUCGAUGCCCAGGGCAAGGAAGACAACUCCAUGAACUCUGUGCCCGUCCAGCAAGAGAUCCUGGUCCUCCGCAGGAAGCGCCAGGGCUGCUCUGCCUCUUUCCAGCUGGAGAAGGUGCUGGUGACUGUUGGCUGCACCUGCGUCACUCCCAUUGUCCACCAGAUGUCCUGA